UUCAAUUUGCAGCUUGCAUGUGCAGCAGGUAAGCGCUGCAAACGCUGGUACCCACAAUGCAAAGCUAUGCUAUCUGGUCCCUAGCAGAGCAGCCGGACUGCAAGCAAAAACAACAACAGGCUACUUUACGAAGAGGGCAGCUGCAUGGAUAGCGACAACAACGACGACCAGGACUCCGCGCAUGCACUGAGAUUUUUGUAAACCAAAUGCAUCAUAGCCUUAUAAUGUGAGUGCCGUAGCAUAUUUAGUGUUUAUUACCAGCUAAAGUGAUAUUUUAGGGGGGAAAAGGCGUCUGCAGGCUAGCUGGCUAGCUCGCCAGCUAUCUGCGUCUCUCUAUGUUUGAGUAUCUUCCGGCAGCAGCGGCGGCGGCAGCAGCGGUGCCAUGAACAGUGGACUCCCAGCUUCAGCUGCUCCGCUUGGGGGUGUCGGGAUACCCAAUGUCAAGGUGAAGUUUUGCCGAUACUACGCGAAAGAUAAAACCUGCUUUUAUGGAGAAGAGUGUCAGUUUCUGCACGAAGAUCCGUCCAUGGCUGGCUUACCACUGCACGGAGGCGGCGGCAGCCCUGUCCCGUUGUCCAUGGCUGGGGGUGGCGGGACGCCAGGGGGGUAUUCCCUGGGUGGCUCCACAGCGGCCUGUCCAGGCGGGGGGACCCCUGUGCCCAAGAAGAACGAACCACUGGGGCCUGCAGGCACUUCUCUGGAGGGGCAGCUGUUAACAAUUCCAGGAAUUGAAGGCACAACCCUGAGCGAUGCCAAUCUCACCAACUCUUACUUCAGCAGCAGCUUUAUCGGGGUCAAUGGCUUUGGAAGCCCAGCAGAGUCUAAAUACUCAAUGAUGCAGCGAAUGACGACCAGCAGCAGCUCUCCCAGUCUACUAAAUGAUGGUGCCAAGAAUUUCAGCCACAGCGCUCAUGAUUCAGUGAAUUCCCCGACAUCCUCACUGUUCAGUGAUUUUGGUGCUCUUAGCAUUUCCCAAAGGAGAAAGGCUCCUAACCCAGCAGCAAGUGAGUUCAUCCCUAAGGGAGCUCCACGCAUGGCCACCAUGGCUCAGUCCACUGUCCAGGCCUUCCCCUCGCCUAUCUUCCCACAUCCGGGCCUCAGCAGCUCCACAGCUGCUGCACUGGCUCCAGGUGAUGGUAUGUCCCUGUCUGCAGGUUCUUCCCCUCUCCACUCCCCAAAAAUUACGCCACAUAGCUCACCUGCUCCCCGUCGGCGGAGCCACACCCCAAACCCUGCCAACUACAUGGUACCCACCACUGCGUCCGACCCAAAUACUCAUAUAAUCCAGAAAGAGACUGUAGGGGGGACCACCUACUUCUACACAGACAACACGCCGGCACCCAUGGCUGGGAUGGUGUUUCCUACAUACCAUAUCUAUCCCCCCACUGCUCCCCAUGUGGCUUACAUGCAGCCGAAAGCAAACGCCCCAUCCUUCUUCAUGGCUGAUGAGCUACGACAGGAAUUGAUAAACAGACAUCUGAUAACCAUGGCCCAGAUUGACCACUCAGAGAACCCAGAUGUACCAUCCGAGGUGGACAGUUACCACAGCCUGUUUCCCCUCGAGGCCCUCCCCCCUCCAAACCGCAUGCAGAAGACCAGCAACUUCAGCUACAUCACCUCCUGCUACAAGGCGGUCAACAGCAAGGAUGAUCUGCCUUACUGCCUGAGGAGGAUACACGGUUUCCGCCUCGUUAACACCAAGUGCAUGAUGCUGGUGGACAUGUGGAAGAAGAUUCAGCACUCGAACUCUGUAACACUGAGGGAGGUCUUCACCACAAAGGCCUUUGGAGACCACUCAUUGGUCUUCUCCUAUGACUUCCAUGCGGGUGCCGAAACCAUGUUCAGCAGACACUUCAAUGAUCCAGCAGCAGACUCGUACUUCACCAAGAGGAAGUGGGGACAACAUGAACCUCCACCUCCACGGCAGCACGCAGGUCUGCUUCCAGAGUCUCUGAUUUGGGCCUACAUCGUCCAGCUGAGCUCUGCCCUGCGAACCAUCCACACUGCCGGCCUGGCAUGCCGCGUCAUGGACCCCAGCAAGAUUCUUAUUACUGGCAAGACCAGGCUACGGGUGAACUGUGUUGGGGUGUUUGAUGUCUUAACGUUUGACAGCAGUCAGACAAAUCAUCUCGCCCUGAUGCCUCAGUACCAGCAAGCGGACCUAGUGUCACUGGGCAAGGUUGUGCUGGCACUGGCUUGUAACUCCCUGGCUGGCAUUCAAAGGGAGAACCUGCAGAAGGCCAUGGAGCUGGUGUCCAUCAACUACUCUUCAGACCUCAAAAACCUCAUUCUGUAUCUGCUGACUGAACAGUCUCGUCUGCGCAGCGUCAAUGACAUCAUGCCAAUGAUCGGAGCUCGAUUCUACACACAACUUGAUGCAUCGCAGAUGAGGAAUGAUGUCAUCGAGGAGGACCUGGCCAAGGAGGUGCAAAACGGCCGUCUCUUCCGCCUGUUGGCCAAACUGGGCACCAUCAACGAGCGGCCCGAGUUUCAAAAGGACCCGUCGUGGUCAGAGACUGGCGACCGCUACCUGUUGAAGCUUUUCCGGGAUCACCUGUUUCACCAGGUGACAGAAGCCGGGACGCCCUGGAUCGACCUGAGCCACAUUGUCUCCUGCCUCAACAAACUGGAUGCGGGCGUUCCUGAGAAGAUCAGCCUGGUGGCUCGAGAUGAGAAAAGCGUCCUGGUUGUGACCUACUCGGACCUGAAGCGCUGCUUCGACAGUACCUUCCAGGAGCUGCAGGCUUCUGCCUCCGGUUCUCUGUAGCUUUCUCUUUGGGCCCGGAGUGGGACUGCCGGACCUGGAGCACACUAUUGCACUACAGGGGAGGACCAGGCUCAUGGAGAUGACAUCAGCAUGGCUAAGGCAGCCGGGCGGGGCUUUGUGAACCUCAGUCACAUACACUGACCCUGUCCACCAGGAAGGCUUUUUCUAAAGUGUAUUUUUUUUAGUUUUCCUAAGCCCCGCAGCUGAAAAUUGUAAACAAAAAGAAACAAGGACAAAUACGGAAGCUGUGACAAACGAGUAUGAGGACAUUUUUUUAGAUUUGGGGAACAAAACGAGAAACAAACCAAGAGGUUUUGAACAUUUUCCUGCUUUUAUCGUUUAUUUCUACAGUUGGGGUUUAUUUUUCAGAGGAGGAUGCACUAAGAUUUUAAUUUUUUUUUUUAUAUAUAAAUAAGUGUGAGUGGCCCACAGGGUGUACUGAGAGCUAAAGUCACACACACGGACAUAAAAAACAGAGCAGAUUAAGAAUGACAAACAAAAAAAACAAAAAGAAACCCAGCUUUGCAUUGACUGCGUCUCUCUUCCGUCUGGAGACCACACCCCUUCAUUGUGACGCACUGAGAGACGGGACACACCACUCAAGGCUCUCGUUGAGGAGAGAUGGCACCUGUUUAAUGAAAUGUGCCAGCUCACCUUCGCCUUGGUUGUUGGUUCCCCUUCAGAAAGGACAAACCACUUUGGCUGGGUGGGAAGAUUUCUCAAAACUGGAAGAAUCUAUGAAUUUCUAACAUUUUAGUUCAGCAGAUUCUGGAACAUCAGGCUCAUAUGUGAGAGUGAUGGGUGGGUAAGUGGGUGGGCUGGCAUGGGUUGGGAUAUGGGGAUGAAACAUGGUUUUUUUCUUGGCACUGAGAAAGGGGUGUCUUGUCCUGAUACCAUCUACCAAGUGUUUGUUACAUAAGCAGCAGUCGCCUUUUGUUAACGGACACCACAGUGACGUGAACUGCUCGAGGACAGGUCGACUUUUGACUUGACUUUUGAUUUGGCUGUCCAGCAAAUGGGUGUAGCCUGCGGGUGGGGCUUCUGUUGAGGUGGAGCCACAGCUGCCUCUUUGUGGAAUGUCCUUAUUUUGUCCCCCACCCGUGCCCCCCUACCCCCAAAUGUCCCCUUUCUGUCUCACACUCUUACUCUCCCCUCUUCUUCUCUGCUUUUAUCCUAAACUUUACUUCCCCUCAGGGGGCGUGGCCCCUCUACAUUUAAGAAAAAGAGAUGCUUUUUUGUGAUUUUUCUAGCUGGUUUUUGUCUUAGCUCAGAUAUUGUGCAGAAAUGCAUGAUGGGAAAUUGGAGGGCAGUUAAUUUUUGCCUCAACAUUUUAUUAUUCUGUGGACCAAUUCCAGCAGGGGUUUAGGUAGGGGAACGGGAUGAAGGGCAAAGGAGAGAAGAGGAACAGGGCACUGGGCACCAAAAGUUGUUUUUUGUUGUUGUUUAAUUUGACUUUUAAAGAUCAUGAUUUACAAAAUGUGCUGGAGACAAUGCAGCAGCCAGGCUGAUGCAUUCACUCGGAUGGCUUGGAUUUCUCUCAGGAUGACAAACAGCUGGAGGGGCCGGAUGAUUGAAUGUGUUUGACUGUCAUCGGCCGCCCCCAGUCCAGUCAGAUAGAUGAGCUACAGUGGAGUGGGGUCUUCAGAUCGAGGUUUUAGGAAGUAAACGGCAUUGUGGAGAUUAUGCUGGGAGGUAUUUCAUGUUGCCCUUAAGCACAGUUCAUACUCUGAUGAUGAUUUGAAUAUUUUCUCAAAAUCAGUCUUCUAAUUGACUGAAUGACUUUGGUGCAAACCUGGUUCACCUAGAUAACGAGAUCAAACAAGCUCUGUCAAACCACUGUUCUUGAAUAAUCUACUGGUGCCUUGUUAUUGGUAGAUUUUGACAAAAAUGUCAAACAUCAGAAGAAAACAGGGUAACGUCACGUUAGCUAAGAGAAGAGUCAAAGUGAAGGUUAGACUAAACAAGAACAGUGUCCUGGCUUUUCAUGGUCCGUAUUUGAGGGCAACAAAUGUGCAGGGUGAGUUAGAUCAUGUACUACUUCCUCUGUUUUAGUGACACAAACAGACAAAAACAUAUUUGGUGAAUGUGGUGCUUUAGAAAAGGAAAUCCGCAAAACACACACACAUACACACACAAGCCCUCCAACACGACCUACACAAUGUCAGUGUUCAUAUCACCUUCCACAUCACAACACACACUCCAGUUAAAAUUAGUGUCAACCUUCUUCUCCCCCCCCCCCCCCCACAUCAACACAACUACAAUCACCAUCUUAGUAUGUUUUAUGCCCCUCUUGUGUUCAUUCGUCUCAAAUUUUGCAAUAUUUGUGUGUACAGCAGUAUUUUAAUAAAGAAUACCAAAACAGA